ACAUCCUGGCCUCGUACGACGCAGACCGUGGUCGCUCCGUCCGACCACUCAAACGAAGAUCACGCUCCGCAAAGCCAACGAAGACCAACACGGACCACCGGACUGCAAGAUCCCCGGCGCGCCGAGGACAUCGCUCUACAUGCACGCUGACGUUUCGCAAGGCCAUAUCGGAAGAUGGGAUGGAGGAAAUAUAUUUCGUGG